AGUCCCGAACACAUUUGGCAAAAGCGAGUGGAGUUGGACCGCUUCGCUUGCGGAUUCCCCAUUCACAGAUUUCCUUCAAUCAGGAGGACGACCACGUAAAUUCGUCAUUGUGCGAAUGUUUUGGUCUCAAAUAUCUCACGUCGUCUCAAACUUUUCUUCGCAGUCUCACAUCACUCGGGCGUUUAUUUGUGUAAGAAUUGUUGUUGGCAAAACUGAAAGUGAAAGUUUUGUCUCAAUUUAGAGAAAAAUUUUAGUUUGGGGAAAUUAACUUUGAAUUUAGCACAAUAUUUCUUUACGAAUUCAUCUUUACUUUCUGUGAGAUUAAAAAAGUUGGCCUGCGUCAUCCAUACCCCUGAAACCCUCCUGCAAAGAAGUGAUUUCUACUUCAAGUUCAUCCCCACUGAAUAAUAAAUCAUCCACCUCAUUCAUUCAUCGUCCAUCCUCCACAGCCCUUCCACCGUAGUCACCGUAUCACUAAACAAUUCUCUGCAUCAAAGGAAAGGAAAGCAUCGAAAAUUCCCAGCGCAUCACAAAUUCGUAAAAUAUGUGAGGUGUGUGCCUGGCUGUGACUUUGUUUAUCAUAAUUGAAUUCUGCAGCGAGUCAGCGAUUUUAUCAAAUCAAAAGGGAAAUCUACCACAGCUUUCAACAGAUUUGUAGUCAGGCGCACCUGUGUGUUGUGCUGGCGUUAUUCGUCAUUCACAAAUAUACGUAGAAAUAUAUGUUGUAUAUAUAUGCCCAGCAACAACAACAACAGAACAGCAGCAGAAGUGCCCAUUUCCAUCUUCCUGUCCAAUCCAUACAAAUUCUCUAUUUUUCAUAGUUGGAAAUAAAGUACCUUGCCGCACUCAAUAACCACGUUGCCUUCCUUCUCGACUUUCUCCUAUUCAUACUUUCUUCUCAACUAGUUUGAUACAAAGAUCACUGCGCUGAAUUGUUAGACUUACUUAUAAUGGACUAAAGGGAAAGUUGUUUGGAAAAACAAAAGUAAACUCGGCUGGGCUGACUCUUAUUCAACAAAAGGUAGGAUCGAGUGAGGCGGCGGUGUGUUCCAGUACCGGACUCAAAAUUCACUUCAAUUCCCAAACCGUCAACCCAAGAAGAAAUCUUGCCGCUGGAUGCACCUGACGUUCUUUUAUUCGCCCAGGUCUCUCCAAUCCCACGAGAAUAAUAAUAAGUCGGGAUGUGUCCCACUUUCUUUUGCCCUAUUCCUCCCACUCUCGCCUGUAUUUCAAUUUGAAUGAAGUUGAUGGAAGACGUGUCUACGCCGUUGGGUUGUACCUCCGAGUUGACAUUGAAAGUUGAAAUUAUAGGAAACUUCCUUUCUUUGGCAGUCAAGACAAGUCAUCGCCAAAAUAUUUGUGCACAAUUCGUCUGAGUCCUAAGAAAGAGUGUCAUUCUCAUGCUCACUCUUUUAUCAUGGAGUUUUGAAAGUGACAUUAUGGACGAUCUAGCCCCAACCUUAAUGACAAGCUUUAUCUGGACAAAGAAUUCGACAAUAAUCCAAAUCCCCCAUUCCCAGCGCACAGAUGAACGUCAAAUCAGAGCAGACAAAGGUACUAAUAACCUCUGUCUUCAUCAGUCUCUUUCAACCAAACCACUACUUUCUCCGAGAAAGAGAUAGCCUCAGGAUGUCCAUUUUCGUCAAGUGAAGAGAUCAACCACUAACAGCAGCAGAAACCAAAGUUGAGAUUCAGACUUUGCUUAAGUACUCGUCGUUCGAAUGUACGAAGGGAGCACUACUGCUGCUACUGACGGUUAUGUAACUGCUCCUACCGGUGGGAAUAGAAUAAGUAAUAUGUUUAUGCUGGUGCUUAUGCGUCGCUACUUGAAAACAAAACAACAAGUGCAAUGUAUUUUUUCGGAUGAGUAAAGUUGCAUUCAAUUAAAGUUUAAGUGGGAGUGAAGUGAACUCAAUCCACGGAACAUAAGAAUUACAAUAAUACAACCUGAAAACAGAGACAGAAAGCAUUGUCUAUGUAAUAAUCCGCAGUGUGAUCUCUUAUCCUCCUUGUGAAGGGCUUUCACCUUUGUUGUUGGUGAAAGUGGACGAGAGGGUGCAAGGAACGUAUAGCCCAACACACCAAAAAAUCCAGAACCAAAACAAUCCGACUUAACUUGGUCGCGGAGAAAGUUUAGUUUCUCCAGCACAGAAAUUGGGAAAGAAUUACUCUGCCUUCGUUGGUGUGCUCGUCAACAUAUAGCUGAUACUCCAUGCAUUUCGUUUAUUUGCUAACUAUUAUUACAAGCCCAUGUUCGGGAAUGUACUGCGUCUAUAAAAGCGACAUAAAAUAAAAACCAAGGAAGGAUUCGAUUCCAAUUUGGAAAAUUGGACCGAUUCUAUUCCUGCCCUGGAUUCUGCCGGCCUACACAACGCAGCCAGAUUCAGCCGUAAUAUCCGCGUAUAUAUAUCAAACAAGUUGAAUUGAUCCAUUAUUCUUUCAAGUUUCCUAUCGAUCAUACAUACAUCGCCUAAUGCAAUACAACCAGUCGUUCCGCAUCUUCAAGCGAACAAUGAAAUAAAAUAUAUGAACACAAGUCAACCUUUGGUUAACUUUUCCGAAUCGAGAAGAAAUUGAAACAUCCUGGAUCUCUGACUAAACUUUUUUUCAACUCGUUGAAAACCUUCUCCUCAAUUCAAGACAUGACUUAUCGGCGUACCAUUACAGAUAGAGAUACAGGCAAGUGGUGCACUUGAAGACUGUUGAUGCAGCUCGGGUAUAUGCAGAAAUAAGACAAAAGUGGCAGUAAACAUUAUUUCGCAAGUGUGUAAAACUUUGUGGUACACAUUUUCUGUGAGUCAGGGGACUUUUCCCGAGUGAAUGAAUGUUCUUCUGAACUCGUAACCCCGUUGGAUUUUCCUUCAGACGGGAUUGAGCAGUGUUUCAGUGCCCGUGCUUGUUUAGCUACUCAAUUUUGUUUUAAAGAUAGAAUUUAUUGUCUGGUGGCUUUUCUGAAACAUUCAAACAUUUAUUAUGGAUUUGACAAUCUGCAAAAGUUUUUUUGUUGUAUUUAAGAGUUAAAAUCUCAAGAGUUUCUACUCCAAAGCAGUAAAAUUUAAGAAAACGUUGAAUCAGGAGAAGAGUCUCCAAGUUCAAUCUCGUCUGCAGCUUCGUUGGUGGAAAUGCAAGAAUUUAUUUAUUUGCAUAAGCGUUGCCUUUCCCAGUUCUAUCUCGACACUCGCAUCAUGCAUAGGCAUUGGCUCGGAUUGGCAGAGUAAAGUGCUGUUCAAAGAGCACUGUACGUUCUACAUAUAUCGCAUGGCAUAUUAACAAGACUUUUAAAACUCAACAAAAACAGUCAACGAGCAAAAAGUGUUUUUGUCCGCCUUGCAAAGUCUGGAAAUCUCGGCUGGGAGAAGACUAAAAAUGGAGCUGCAUGGGAUUGAGGAGGACGACACUGGAGGCACAUCAUCCGCUGAGGACGCCGAUCUUCCCUUCCCCGGAUUCCAACGCAUUGCUGUGCGAUGGCUGCCUCAGACGCAUCCUUUGAGAUACACCUGCCUCCGAAUGAUCACCAAUCCGUGGUUCGAGAGGAUCAGCAUCCUGGUCAUUUUAAUCAACUGCGUUACCCUAGGUAUGUACCGACCUUGUGAGGACGAUGCCAAAUGUGAUACGCCAAGAUGUCAAGUCCUUCAGAAGUUGGACGACUUUAUUUUUGGUUUCUUCACCAUUGAAUUAUUAAUCAAGAUGAUUGCAAUGGGAAUCGUUGGUCGUGGAGCUUAUUUCAACGAUCGUUGGAAUUGGCUUGACUGCUUCAUCGUAUUCUCUGGGGUGGCAGAGUACUGCAUUCAGACUGAGGGAAAUGUGAACUUAACGGCAAUUAGAACCAUAAGAGUUCUCCGACCGUUGAGAGCAAUUAAUCGAAUCCCAAGUAUGCGGAUACUUGUGAUGUUACUUUUAGAUACGUUGCCAAUGCUGGGGAACGUCCUGCUUUUGUGCUUUUUCGUCUUUUUCAUAUUCGGUAUCAUUGGCGUACAAUUGUGGGCGGGGACCUUGCGACAACGCUGCUUCAUCGAUUUACCUUCGGGAACCACAACGGAAGAGAUUGAUACACUGAAACAGUUGAAACAGUUCUACACGGUUCGAGUGCCGAAUUUGCAGCAGCCGCUCAGUGCGUACUACAGACUUAAUGACAAUCCAGAUCGAGAUUACAUUUGCUCCCUUACAAAAGAUAAUGGCCUCCAUACUUGUCACGACCUACCCCCUUUGAGAACUAAGUUGAAUUAUGACUGCACUUUUGACGCUUUACCUGGGUCGCCUAACCUGUCCAAUGAUACACACUGCAUAAAUUGGAACAAAUACUAUACAAAUUGCAGAGCCGGAGAGAAAAACCCUUUCCAAGGAGCUAUUUCAUUUGACAACAUUGGUCUUGCUUGGGUCGCUAUAUUUCUAGUAAUAAGUCUGGAAGGAUGGACUGACAUAAUGUACUAUGUCCAAGACGCACACUCAUUCUGGGACUGGAUUUACUUUGUUCUUCUCAUUGUGAUCGGAUCCUUUUUCAUGAUAAAUUUGUGCCUCGUUGUGAUUGCAACUCAAUUCAGCGAAACGAAAAAGCGAGAGUUGGAGAGAAUGAGAAUUGAACGGGCAAGGUUCACCUCGAACUCGACUCUCACAGCCAUCGAACACGCCUCAUGUUAUUCUGAAAUUAUCAAACUGAUUGCUCACUCGAUUCGAAAAUUGAAGAUGAAAGCAAAACGCAAAUUUACUCGCAAUGAGGAAAACACAAUCGACCUUGGUCAAGUCCGAGGGAAUAAGGACUCGAUAAAGAUUGAGCAAGAAUCCGGCCCCCGUUCGACUGCUUUCACUUGUCCUCAACUGCUAGCCAUCAGCGGGGCUCUGGGGGCUUUACCACAAGUGGCCUUGGGCACCAGCCCAGUCUCUGGAUUACCUGAUUGGGGAGCCUUGAUUUCAUCGCUGAGAAAGGCUCAGCCCAUUUCCAUAUCCGCUCCCGUACUCACUGUGACCACACCCAUGGACAGUCCCAACAAUCGGGACCUCCGCUCCCACCAUCACCACGCGUCCAACAAUGCGGACAGGAGUCUUAGUUCUUCGAGUUCAGAUAUAUUUUCCAUUUCUCACCGACCCACAGAAGAACUGGGCCCAUGUCGAGCAAAAGUUAGGGAGCUGGUAGAGUCAAAGUUAUUUCAACAAGGAAUUCUCUGUGCCAUCCUUAUCAACACUUUCUCCAUGGGAGUUGAGCAUCAUCUUCAACCCGAUUGGUUAACUACGAUGGUGGAGAUGUGCAACUUCAUCUUCAGUGGAAUGUUUUUCCUUGAAAUGCUCUUAAAACUUACGGCCUAUGGAUUUGUAGGAUACGUCAGCAAUGGAUUUGACGUUUUCGAUGGAACCAUCGUAAUUUUAUCGGCCGUAGAAAUAUGUCAGAAAUUAUUUUCUGGUGAUAUUCAUGGUGCUAGCGGUGGAGGUGCUUUAAGUGUUCUUCGAACUUUUCGCUUACUCCGAAUUCUUAAACUAGUACGAUUUCUUCCCAACCUGAGGCGACAACUUGUGGUCAUGCUCAAAACAAUGGAUAAUGUAGCCACUUUUUUCGGGUUAUUGGUUCUCUUUAUCUUCAUUUUCAGUAUCCUAGGUAUGAACCUCUUCGGAUGUAAGUUCUGUGCAGACGCAAUAAAUCUUCAGGGAAAACUGGUGAAAGUUUGCGACAGAAAAAACUUUGACUCCUUGUUGUGGGCUCUGGUAACUGUCUUCCAGGUGUUAACCCAAGAAGAUUGGAAUAUUGUCUUAUUCAACGGAAUGGAGAGAACCAGUCCUUGGGCUGCUCUGUAUUUUGUAGCGUUGAUGACAUUUGGAAACUAUGUUUUGUUCAACCUUCUUGUCGCUAUUUUGGUGGAAGGGUUCAGUUCGGAAAGGAUUGAACGUGAGCAGAAGGAACGGGAGGCGGAGGCCAGAGCCGCAGUCAGAGCAGCGAAAGCCUUAGAAUAUUACGGUGACAAUCCCAAAGCCUUAGAAGCCCUAGAGUCGCCCCCACCACCUGUUCCACCCGGUUGCUCCUCCAAUUUACGUCCAGCCCCUGUUAUCAUUACGCACACGGCUGCCACUCCAGAGGUAAAUCAGAUGCUUUGUAACAACAAGAACAAUAAGGGUUCUCCUCAUCCUCCAAGUGUGACAAGCUCCAGGGUAAACUUGAACCAUAUAAAUGUGAACAUCAGGAUUCCCAAGGAAGCUUUAUCCGCACAACUAUCCAACUCUUCGUUGAAUUCGUCGUACUACCUUCAUCCAUCACAAACAGACCUUGGGCUUGGGAUGAUCCACUCAAGAAUGUCGCCCAACAGUUUAAGUCCUUACAGUUUAUCUCCUCCCAGUCUCAGUCCGCAAACUUUGAGUCCACUUUCCAGUCCAAAACGGAGUCCUUGCUUGAAGAGGGCCAAAAGUUGGCGUGAAGAUCGUGAACAGAGACGAAAAGAGAGAAGAUGCAGUCUCAGCCCAAAUUUAAAGAUGAAUGAUCACAGUAAUCAUAACAAUAACAAUAUUCACGCCAGUUGGUGCGAAUCUCGAUGUGCCAGUUUAGCAGGGACCCCACCCUCGCCAAGUUUAGUGGGCAGUGUAAAGAUUACACCGUUCAAAAGAUCGUGUCAAGAUGCUCUUCACUGGCUGCGAGGAAGAUCUGAAUACUCGUGCUUUCUCUUCGGCCCAGAAACAAAGUUCCGUCAGCGGUGUCAUGCCAUAGUCGAAUAUCCAGCCUUCGAUAGAUUUAUUUUACUUCUAAUCGCCCUGAAUUGUAUUACUUUGGCAAUGGAAAGACCUUCCAUUCCACCCAACUCAGGAGAAAAGUAUUUUUUGCUGGUUUCAAACGAUAUAUUUACAGUCAUGUUUUUAUGCGAAAUGUCCAUAAAAGUUGUUGCAGUUGGAGGAUUUCAACAAUACUUCAAAAGUGGAUGGAAUGUUAUGGACGGAAUAUUGGUAAUUGUCUCUGUCGUGGAUCAAAUCAUUUCCGUCUUUAUGAGCAGUCCUAGAAUUUUCGGAAUUUUACGAGUCUUUCGUCUUCUCCGAUCUCUUCGACCACUUAGAGUAAUUAAUCGGGCACCUGGUCUUAAGCUUGUUGUGCAAACAUUGCUGUCUUCUCUGAGACCAAUUGGGAAUAUUGUUUUAAUCUGUUGUACUUUCUUCAUAAUAUUUGGCAUACUUGGCGUACAACUUUUCAAAGGCAAAUUUUUUUACUGCUUUGGAUCUGUGGAAUCUGUAAGAAACGUGACAAAUAGAUGGGACUGCAAGUCAAAUGAUCCCCAAAACAAAUGGAUAAACCAAAAGUACAAUUUUGAUGACCUUGGUCAAGCUCUCAUGUCAUUAUUCGUACUGGCCUCGAAGGAUGGCUGGGUCGGAAUAAUGUAUUCUGGAUUAGAUGCAACAGAAGUGGAUAAGCAGCCUAUUGAGAACGAGAACGAGUGGCGUUUGCUAUAUUUUAUUUCAUUUCUUCUACUAGUGGGGUUUUUUGUACUAAACAUGUUUGUUGGGGUUGUGGUGGAGAACUUUCAUCGCUGUCGAGAAGAACAGGAGAAGGAGGAAAGGGUACGCAGAGCAGCGAAACGGGCUAGGAAGAUGGAAAAACGUCGCCGAAAAAUGAGGGAACCACCGUAUUGGAGUCAUUUCGCCUCCUGGAGGAUCAGAAUUCACCGAUUAGUGACUUCCAAAUAUUUCGACCUAGCCAUCGCUGGGGUAAUCGGGCUUAACGUAGUCACAAUGGCGAUGGAGUUUUACAUGAUGCCAGAGGAAUUAGACUAUAUUCUAAAAGUAUUCAACUACUUUUUUACAUCCGUAUUUAUGUUGGAAUUAGCCUUCAAAUUGCUAGCUCUGGGAUGGAAACGAUACUUUAAGAGCAAAUGGAAUCAGCUCGAUAUCUUCAUUGUAAUUUUAUCGAUAGCUGGUAUAAUCUUGGAGAAAAUGGAGAGUGACUUCAUUCCAAUAAAUCCGACAAUCAUGAGGGUCAUGAGGGUGCUUCGAAUAGCUAGAGUGUUAAAACUUCUGAAAAUGGCAAGCGGUAUACGAGCCUUGUUGGACACAGUGGUGCAGGCCUUACCUCAAGUGGGUAAUCUCGGUUUGCUAUUCUUUUUGUUGUUCUUCAUUUUUGCGGCACUUGGCGUCGAGUUAUUUGGACGAUUGUUAUGCGAUGAUGAACAUCCAUGCGAAGGCCUUGGAGAGCACGCAAAUUUUGAAAAUUUUGGGAUGGCCUUCUUAACAUUAUUUAGAGUUGCAACGGGAGAUAACUGGAAUGGAAUUAUGAAGGACACUUUGCGCGAUGAGUGUGAUGCAACUCCUGAAUGUUUCCGGAAUUGUUGCGUUUCAAAAUUCAUUGCACCCCUAUUCUUUGUAGUUUUUGUACUUAUGGCUCAAUUCGUUUUGGUGAAUGUGGUUGUUGCUGUUUUAAUGAAACAUCUCGAGGAAUCCCACAAAGCAAUGGAGGAUGACUUGGACAUUGAAGCCGAACUAGAAGCAGAAUUAGCAGCUCAGGAAGAAAUUAUGGCUAAAUUAGUGGAUGACAUACAAGAUACAGAUGAUCCAGAAUCUAAUAAUCCUCCAAAAUUCAUAAGGCUUCCCAAAGUUACUUCACUUCCAAACAGUUUCGUAUUUACUUAUUUUGAUGAUGACUAGUUUAAUAAUAAAAAACUCAACUAUCAAUAUAUCUAAUUGUAGUACAUAGGUAACGUAAAAUAUGUAAAUUUUAUUAUGAAAAGUGAACCUUGCGCCUUGUGUAUGUUGUAGUUCAACGUGAUUUUAAAAAGAUUUCCUUUAAUGUUUUUAUUACGACAGUGAUCUUUGAAGACGUACUCUAUUAAAAAUGCAUUCGAUAAGCCUUAAGCCUUUUGUACCUUUCUCUGACUGCUAAGAGUAAUAAUAUUGGUAAUGACACAAUAUGUGUGUUUAUGACAUGAAACAAUAUAAACUAUUAAAUAAAAGUUUUACGUGAUGGAAACUCUA